GAUGUCAACCCAGGCAGGUCCAGGGGGUUAUUAGGGACCCAGGCACUGUGUUCACCCCCACUGCCAUGUGGGAACUUCGGUCUGCCUCCUUUUGGAGGGCCAUAUUUGCUGAGUUCUUUGCCACCCUCUUUUAUGUUUUCUUUGGGCUGGGAGCCUCGCUACGUUGGGCCCCUGGACCCCUACAUGUCCUGCAAGUGGCUUUGGCCUUUGGCCUGGCCCUGGCUACAUUGGUGCAGACUGUAGGUCACAUCAGUGGAGCCCAUGUCAACCCUGCAGUCACUUUUGCCUUCCUUGUGGGCUCCCAGAUGUCCUUGCUCCGUGCUUUUUGCUAUAUAGCAGCUCAGCUUCUGGGAGCCGUGGCUGGGGCGGCUGUGCUGUACAGCGUCACCCCACCAGCUGUCCGAGGAAACCUAGCGCUCAACACGCUGCACGCUGGGGUGAGCGUGGGCCAGGCCACCACUGUGGAGAUCUUCCUGACACUCCAGUUCGUGCUCUGCAUCUUUGCUACAUAUGACGAGAGGCGGAAUGGCCGCAUGGGCUCUGUGGCCCUGGCUGUUGGCUUCUCCCUCACCCUGGGGCACCUCUUUGGGAUGUAUUACACUGGUGCAGGGAUGAACCCAGCCCGCUCCUUUGCUCCUGCCAUUCUCACCCGGAACUUCAGCAACCACUGGGUGUACUGGGUGGGCCCAAUCAUCGGAGGGGGCCUGGGCAGCCUACUCUAUGACUUUCUCCUCUUCCCCCGGCUCAAGAGUGUUUCUGAGAGACUGUCUAUCCUCAAGGGAGCCAGACCCAGUGACUCCAAUGGACAGGCAGAGGGUACAGGGGAACCUGUUGAACUGAAGACCCAGGCCCUGUAAAAGCUCCAGUUGGAGGGAGAAGCAGAAAGCCGCUGGGUUUCAGGGAGGGAAAAACCAGCCCUUGGAUGAAGAAAGAGACUGUGGGGAGGGGCAUGUACUUCUUUAUUUUUUAACUUACGUUUUUCUUUUUCUUUUUUUUCCUUUUGCUGUGUGAAAUCUUUCAAGUUGCAUUCACGACUGGUUGGUGCAAACUUCCCUUCCUCCCCACUCCAGCUACCUUCGCCGUGUGUGCACGACUGUUCAUAUGAAUGUGGGUGCGUGUGGCCGUGUCUGAGUUUGCGGGCACAGAAGCUAGGAGAGGGGAAAGAGGUGUCAACAUGUAUGUCAUUCCCCACCCCAGUUUGGUGACCACAGGGAACCCAAGUUUCUGGCCUUUACCCUGCUUCCAGUCAAGUAUAUGGACCUUGAUUUUUGAGGGGUCACGGGGGUGGGUGGGUGGGGUGUCCUUCCUCUCAGGAAGCAGACAUAAGACAGAAAGGAGGAGGGAAGGCAUUCCAGGGGUUGGGAGAGGAAUCCAAGAUUUUAUUUCCAGAUCGCCACGCAAGUGUACCUAAGUUUUGAGGGAGUUGGAGACUAUAGCCUACGGAUCUCAUGGAUGCUCGUCCCAGAGAAAAGUAAACACAGGCCUUGAGUUAUUUUGUAAAGCCACAUAAGCCUGCCUACAUCCAACGGCUGGGCUGUGUGUUCAUUCAGAAGCCUUGAACUACGGACCUUCCAGCAGAAACAGGGGUUAGGCAAGUUUAAAAGGCCUUGGACAAACGGUACUGAAGCCCAGAAUUGCUCUCUGAGGCUAAAACAGGAAAUCUGGUGUCUGAAGCAAAUUUACAGGAGUUGAGGGGCAAGACGGGGGGGGGAUUCAUUUAGAGCAAACUGAACUUUGCAAAUGGCAUCUCUGUACUUUUAUCACUAGCUCCAUAGUCUUUUAUUUUUGUAUGUCUGCUUUCUGCUAACUCUCCCUCAUGACCCAGGUAUCGAUCUCCUCUAUCUAAAUGCUUAAUUCGGAGAUGAUUUUUCUUUUUCUUUUGGAGCCCUAUCUUGUAUUUGUUGGUAAAACAGCAUCUUCUCAACAGAGACACAGGUGACCUUGAACGAACAAAGGAAUAUUUAUUGCAGAUCUCUCUAUUCUGAGCCUCCUGUAUAUACUUUGCUAGCUAUAAAACAUAUGCCUAUAAGAAGACAGACAACCCAAAACUCGAACCCAAACACCAAACUCCCCACUUCCUCCCAAAUAAAACACAUCUUUUCUAACUA